CAACUGUUUACUUUAGUGUCCAAAUGAGUCCAACCCCUUUAUUUACGGCCAAUAAUCUGGUUCUUUGCUUGGUUCUCAACCUUUUGUAUUUUGUCAGUUUUACUUUUGCUUUCAGUUCAAACUUUUCACUUUUCCACGUGUUUCCUGUUCCUAGACACAUAUUGAUACAUAUUGUACUACUUGGAAUGGCUGAACAGCGUAACAAUUCUGAUAAAAUUAAUUUCAAAGUGAAGCAUUUUGAUGAAUAUCAUGAUAUAGUUAUUGAUUGGAAUGAGGAUAGAAAUCGUUAUAACUACCAGCAAGUAUUUGAUCAGCUGGAAUCGAUAACUGGAGUACCAAGUAGAUACACGAGUUCUUUUUCUGUCCAAAGACCCGACGAAGUUAACUGGCCCGGUGGCAUUUUAUGGCUUUGCGAAAACCUGAAAGCAUACACUUCUGAUUUGCUGCCAAAUUUGGACCCUCGUCGCUACAGUGAUAACGAAAGCCCAUUUAUUCGUGAUGGCGAGCGUUAUCACCUCGCAUAUUUUGCUUAUUAUUCUUAUAGAGUCUCAAAACGUAUAAGUUUCGGGUAUUCUCUAGUAAAUGAAAGAUACGUUACUGAAGGAGCCUGCAGUCGAGAUUUCUGUCAAUAUCAAUGCACUGAAAGUCACUUUAAAAGGUUAAAAGAUCUCGUCAGCAAUGAUGAAUUGAAUGCAAAAAUUACUCCGCUUGUCCAGCCAUUAAUGGAAAGACAACUGUGGUCGGAAGCGGAAAAUAUUAUAAGAGAGUUCAAUCUUAAAAAAUGUUUGCGGGUAGUUUGUGUUGAGCAGCGCAGAGAAGAAAUCGAAGAGAAUGGCCAUGUACCCCAAGAGGAACUUUAUCUAAGAACCCGAGGUUAAAUAUCUGUAUUCAUCGAAUCGAAUAAAUGUAAUUUUUUCUUAGUAAUCUCUUCUUUUCACUCGAAUCUGCAAGUUUUCAUUCUGUCUCCUCCAAUCAACUUCUCAUCAUAAUUUGAAUAAAAUUUUAAACAUUCAUUCUGUCGUCUUAAUUACCUACAAGAUGUAAAAGCUGAAA